UGUGUGUGUGUGUGUGUGUGUCAAAAGAAACGGAAAUGACAGAUUUUCGUCUGCAGCGUGAAGCGAACUCGUAAGUGUUGGAGAAGGAAUGCAUACUUUUAGAUUAAAAGAAAUUUAAGAAUAAGUCUAUUGGUAGAUAUAUGCUUUAUUAACUAAUAACCAUCAAUCGUUUGAAAUGUUUUUCUUCACUAAUCAGAGCUCGGUUAUAGUGAGCGGAAUCGCACAGCACUUGAAUGCAGCAUCACAUCUGCAGAUGGGACACUGCCUUCACGCGCGGGACGCUGUGAUGCAUUCAGGACCCGCCCUCCUCCUGCACUUGUCAAAGGGGACUGAUCGCAAAAUUACAUCACACUUCUAACCUAAGACUCACGAGCAAACAACACCAGAUUAAAACAAACGCCUGAAACUAACGCAGGGACAUUUUUGUUAAAAUGCUUCCUUUUAAGAGAACUUUUGAAGUCGAAAAACACCAGCUGCAAGAGCUCAACAGCAGACUCGCCCGCUAUCUGUCCAGAACCAAGCAGCUGGAAGAUGAAAACGCGCAUCUCCUGGCUGAGCUCAGUAAGCUGAGGCAGGUGAGAGGGACGGAGCAAUGGGAGCAGAAGUGCAGGGCGGAGGUGCGGGACCUGCGGAGAAUGGUGGACCAGCUGUCCUUCGAGAAGUCCCGGGCCGAGAUGGAGGGGGAGAAGCUGCGGCGAGAGCUGCAGACGGCCCGGUGUCUGUGCAGCGAACAGACCGAGGUGUGUCGGGACAUCGACGGGGAGCUGAGAGGCUGCGAGUCGGAGCUCCGGCAAGCUCACAAAAUCAACAGCGACCUCCAGCAGCGGCUCGCCCAGCUUCAAAACGAGUACAAACGCCUGGAGGGCGCGCACAAGCACGAGGUGAGCCUUCUCCGGCGUCAGGUGGAGUCCCGGGCGGCGCCCCUCGUCACGCAGACCUACCGCGGCCCCUCCGUGGUCUCCGUGGAGGAGGUGCAGGAGUACGCCCGCGAUCUGUCCGAAGGCUGGGUGGAGACGUUCGAGAUGUACCAGCAGCAGGUGGAGGGCAUGGAGCUCGCCAUCAAAGCGGACCAGGCGAGGCUGGGCGACCUGCAGAGGGAGAAGAUGCUGUACGCCUCGCAGCUGGAUAAGCUGCGCGCGGAGGCGGAAAAACAUGGCCAGGUUCAAAUGCGACUGGAGGAGCAGCUGACGAAGAUGCAGGAGCACUUCCGCGUGGACCUGGGUGAACAUCAGAUGAUUAUCGAGCAGCUCGAGCAUGAGAGGAAUGUGUUGCUUGGUGCUUUGGAAGAAAAGAUGAGAGAACAUCAGCACCUUCUUCAGGUGAAGAUGGAUCUGGGCAUGGAGGUGGCUGCUUACAGGACUCUCCUGGAAAGAGAAAGUGUUGGUCUGCAUGAUGCUCACAGGAGGGUGAAUCAACAUCAGAGGGAAAGAAUAAUAGAUAUCAAGUUGCCUGCCCAAACCCGCACUCCAAGAAUGUCUACCUUAACCACAAGGCAACAUAUGGAUUUCCAUUAUACAUCACCAGCAAACCUGAAAAGAUCCCCCGUGCCUUCUUCUGGGUCCAUAAGUCCCUCCAGGAACAUUCCUAUUUCAGCUGCAGAGAGAGCUCGCCAUCAGAGCCCGGCAUCCAGAAGGGACAUGAUCUCGUUCAACAAAGCUCGGGCUGCCGCUCCAGCCCCUGCUUCCACCGCCACCAAAGAUAAACAACUUGGUCAGAGUCAAAAUGUGGCAGAGGAGCAAAUUAUGAAACUCAAACAGGUAUCAGAGGAAAGCCAGAUCAGCACUACAACUGAGAACAAAUCAGUAAGAGUGACAUCACUGCCAAAGUUGAGCCUCAGCACAAAAAAUGAGACAGAAAGCAAAAGGCAAGUGUCAGAUGAGAAAGAGAAAGGCAGUGAUCGUGAUGAGUUCAAAGAUAAAGAGAGAGCAGAGUCUUUCCCAGGCUCAACUGAGAAAAAAAUACUAGACUCUGUAUCAGUAGAGGAGAUUAUCGAGAAAGUGAUUAAACCAGCAGGUUUAGAGGAUAAGGCCUGUUCAUCGGGAGACUCAAAGGUCAGUUACCAUGUGGAAAAAAAUGAGCAGGACGAUGGCACCACCCAGACGAAGAUUGUUCUGGAGUCUAAGGUGGAGGAAGAGCUGGAUGUUUCUGAGGGCUCUGCCCUGGAAGAACUUCUGAACCAAGGUGCAAAGAAAGUGUCACUAGAGGACAUAGAGGAUACAGCAACAGGAAGCAUGAUUAAGAAUUUGCUGAGCAGUAUUCAAGGAGAAAACUUAGAAAAUAAGUCUGUCAAAGUGGAAAUCAUCGAGGAACCCAUCGAGUCUCUCAGUGAUGAAGAGCUACGGGUUGAAGGGGAAAAAGAAUCUAUCGGUAGUUUUACUGAGCCGUCAACAUACUUUCAAAUUGAGGAGAUAGACCAUCAUGUUCAUCAAGAAGAAAAACAUGAAACUGAAGAGAUGGUAUCCUCCCAAGGAGCCAGAAACCAGUCCAGUGGUGGAUUUGUGCAAGUUCAGGAGGUCUUUAGAGAAAGUGAAUCUCCACAGUUCUCCCAAGAUCAAGAGUUCCACGAGUAUUUUGUGUCCACACCGGAUGAGAACCUAUCAGAAUCUGAGGAGGGUGGAGGGAUAAUGUCAUAUGGUCAUUAUGGCAUUGUAGAUGACCUGUCAGAUGAAAGGUAUUAUCAAGAUGAGAGCCUUCCCCAGCAAAGCGUGAUUGUAGAGGAAAGUGACAAACACAAGUCAGGAAAACCCUCAUUCCCCAAAGAGAAUUUUCCAGAGUGCAUCAUUGAAGAAGAGGUUCGUGUUUCCCCUAUAGUGCAAGAAUCGGUGCUUGAGUUCCUGAGAGAGGACUCCUUGGAGCCCAAAGAGCAGCUGAAGGGAGCUCUGGAGACAUUACAAAGUUCAGUGUCGGGUCCUCUGAAAGAGGAACUUUCUUUCCUCACAAAACUGAGCAGAGAAAGUCCAGAGAAUGUGGAGGUCAGAAAAGUUGAACAGUCAAGCAACAAUGGAACCAUGACGAUAGUUGCAGAGCUAAAUGUCUCUCAAUCCCUUGAAGAAUCUGGACUGCUGGAGGAAGGAGACGAUAUUUCUGAAGAGCAGAUCAUGAAAGCUCUAAGAGCGUCUAACUUGGAUAUCGAAAAAGCCUUCCAGGGUGGGUCAGGAGCUGGGUACACUAUCAGAGUUUCCGAAGAAGAGGAGGAGGUUGCUCAUUUUGGGGAUUUUGAAGGCUUCGGUGACACUGAAGCUUCUUCAUCUCAGAUCACUGAAAAACACAUCAAACUGGAGCCAUCAGAGUCCUCUUUCACUUUUCAAACGGAUGGUCAGGGCGGACAAGCUGAGGCAAGCUCAGAGCAGGAGCUGCAGCCUCACGUUUUGGAAUCCCCAGUGAGGGUAUCUCAUGAAAAACGAGUUGCAACAGUUUUCCUUGAAGGCCCUUUAGACUAGAGGAAGCAAAAUAUUCAGAAAACAUUUUCAAGCAGCUAAUCUAAUGCAACAGACGUGAAGCUGUAAUACCAGUUCUAAUCAACACAAUGCUGAUUAUGUCUGCAAGCAAAGGUAUCUAAAUAAGUUGUGCACUUUUACAAUACCAAGUUAGCUUUCAUCAAACCACAGAGCACUAACAAAUAAGAUGAAGCUAGGGAUGAAAUAUCUAAAUGCUGCGGUGAUGUUUUACAGCUGGAAGUGCUGAUACAUGUUUCUUUAUUUGAUCUUCACAUCACAUCCAUGUUAUCUCCAAAUAAGGUUUGUUUAUUUUUUGUAAGUUUUUUGUUAGUUUAAACUGUUCUGCUGAGUUUGAACAACAGAUAUUUUAGUUAUCACCAUCAGCUUAGCCAUUCUUUCACAAAGACAUUUACCAUAAUGUUGAGUCGUCUGGAUCAACAUUUAAUGCAGACCAACACAGGUCACAUGGAGUCAUGAGGUGCUUCUGCUACAUUUGCAGAUUGGAGUUUCAACCAUUUUUGUGCCUUGGGCUCCUUUUACAAAACAGAAUGAUGUCAGUACAUAUAAAAUGCUGAAAAAUGUUUAAUUUAGGAAGAAGUCACUAACAUAUAGAGAGUCUAGUAAAGCUUGUAGUUAAAGACUGUUGUGGGAAAGGGAAAACUAUGUAUUUUAGUCAAUAAGGCAUAAACUAACUUUGCUUAAUAUUCUAGAUUGCAUAUCUCUAUAAACAUAAGAUGUGUAUUUUUCAUUAACUGUGAAACUAAGACAUUUAUUCAACCAAUUUUAGCAGCCUAAACAUUUUUGGUAAUGUAUAUUUUUACAAGUUACAGUACAAUAUUUGCAUAACCAGUGAACAUUUAGGUUUUAAUAGGUAAUUUGGAAAUUAAUAUUUAAAACUAUAGUACAGACAUUCAAAAUUAAAAGUAAAUUUGAAAACUCUGGGAAAAAAAGUUGGAUUGCAGAAAGUGAAAAUGGUAAAAAUGUAAGCGAACUGCUUUUGUUGUUGGUUGGUUGCGGCACUGUUUUGCUUGUUCACAUUUGUUCAGUAUCACAGUGUUGGCACACAGAUUUCAACUUUGCUCUGACCGAAGAGUGUAUUUACGACCGACACUAUUUUCGGCUCAUUGGCUUAGUGGCACCAAGUCUUCACUAAGGUUUGUUGUGUUGUGUACUGUUUGCAAAGUCAGAAGUGAAACACUGUGACUUCAGUCUGGUGAUAUGUUUAGACCUUUUAAACUUUUCCUACGAGUGUUUUUACAAAUCACUAAAAUGCAAUAUUUCACACAAACGCAAUCUGUGUUUCAGAGACAUGUGAUGCAAUGUUUUUAGAAGCAUUCAGUGUGUUUAGGUGCAGAUACAACAAUUCUACAUUCUUUCAACUGUUAUUUGAAUAAUGUGCCAAUUUGAAGAAUAAACAAUUUAAUAUAAUCUAUUGAUAUAUAUAAAAACUGAGACAAUGUUUAAUGAAUGUGGAAUGGACAAAGCAUCUUUUGUUUGAAUAAUUUCUGUUUAAUGAAAAAAUUUGGCUAAAAUGGAUGAAUACUACAUCAUUAAAAGAUACUGUGGGAA